AGAAGGAGUAGAGUAGUUGAGCUCCGCCGGUUUCUUCGGCAGCAUCGGCAUAAACAAAACCCCCGCGCUCCACCGUCUUCCUCCUCCGACGACUACGAUUACUCCGUCGCCGACCGGAGGGAAAAGAUGCUGGUGAUCCGAUCGGCAUUUCGCGGCAGCACGAGGCCCUUCUCCGCUUCUUCGUCACUUCUCUUCACUGUCGCCUACUCUUCUUCUUCUUCUUGUCCGUCGGCGGCUGCGGUUCACGCCGGGAGGACCAUCGGCGAGGGUCCCCGAAACGAUUGGUCCCGCGAUGAGAUCAAGACCAUCUACGACUCCCCCGUGCUCGAUCUCCUCUUUCAUGGGGCUCAAGUCCAUAGACAUGCCCAUAACUUCAGGGAAGUGCAGCAGUGCACUCUGCUCUCCAUAAAGACAGGUGGGUGCAGCGAGGAUUGUUCCUACUGCCCGCAGUCUUCCAGAUACAGCACUGGAUUGAAAGCCCAAAAGCUCAUGACAAAGGAUGAUGUCCUUCAGGCAGCUCAAAAGGCCAAGGAGGCUGGUAGCACACGCUUUUGCAUGGGUGCUGCCUGGAGAGAUACCAUAGGCAGGAAAACUAAUUUCAACCAGAUCCUUGAAUAUGUAAAGGAAAUAAGGGAGAUGGGGAUGGAGGUAUGCUGCACCUUGGGCAUGCUAGAAAAGCAGCAAGCCCUUGAACUCAAGAAUGCUGGCCUGACUGCGUAUAACCACAAUCUCGAUACCUCAAGGGAAUAUUAUCCGAAUAUAAUCACCACAAGAACUUAUGAUGAGCGGUUGAAAACCCUCGAGUACGUCCGCGAUGCAGGGAUUAAUGUGUGCUCUGGAGGAAUAAUUGGGCUUGGAGAAGCGGAGGAGGACCGGGUUGGUUUGUUGCAUACUUUGGCAACCCUGCCAACACAUCCCGAGAGUGUCCCCAUUAACGCGCUGAUUGCCGUGACAGGCACACCUCUACAAGAUCAGAAGCCAGUUGAAAUAUGGGAGAUGAUAAGGAUGAUUGCCACUGCGAGGAUAGUCAUGCCAAAAGCAAUGGUGCGUUUAUCUGCUGGCAGAGUCCGUUUCUCUAUGCCAGAGCAGGCGCUAUGCUUUCUGGCCGGUGCGAAUUCCAUUUUCACGGGCGAGAAGCUUCUGACAACUCCUAACAAUGACUUCAAUGCGGACCAACUCAUGUUCAAGAUGCUAGGACUGAUCCCAAAGGCUCCGAGUUUUGGUGACGAUGAUGCAAAAAAUGAUGCAGCAGACCAUUGUGAGGAAGCCAUUUCAAGUUCCGGUUGAGGCCAUUUGGACCGGUCAAAAGAGGCCUCAUGAAUCAUGAUGGGUAAGCCUCAAGUGGAGAUUUGCCUGUUCAGUUCUGUGAACUGAGAAAAUGUCCUGCUAUCUACGCGUUCAGCAAUUAUUUGGGAAAUAUGGAGCUUCAUGCACUAACUUCAGGGUUAGGGGUUGGAUUUACGUAUCGUUAAUUAGUCAAGAAUGAUCAAAUUAAUGUCCUGCAGUCUGCUGUGUGGAAUGAUGUUGCAGGUGGCACAGGCUUAAUGUUGCAGUCUGUUUUGUUUACUUUGA